AUUUCCUUUUUUCUUCACUCUCGGCGUCAGGUCACAUUUAUCGCCACCGCUGAGACCGCCGCUUAGGGCCGUCUCCUCCGUUAUCUCCAUAACCAGAGCAACCCUCAUCGCCGUCGGGGAUUUUGUGACUGGUUUUCACAAGAGGAAGAAGAAGAGAAGAAAGGACGCUCGGAAGCAGCAGGAGGAAGCUAUUAGGCGGAAACGAAUCGAGGCUCGUAAGAAGAUGGGUGAUACACUAAACCUUGAAGAUGAUUAUAUGAGUGGAGAUGAUUAUAUGCUUGAGCAUGAUAUGAAUCCGGAUGAAGAAGAACAUGUAGGAGAGGAACGUGUAGAAGCAGAUUCAGUAGCUAGUACGGCUGAUAAGAGGACAGGCAAGUCUACAGGUAAACGUAAAAGGUCAAGGUGUUGGAAAAAUUUUGAAAUUGUUGGAGAUAAGUUGGAUGAUGGUAGGAAUAAUCUUAGAUGCACCCGUUGUGAGCAUACUUAUUGCCUUGAUCUUCGUAGAAGUGGCACCAAUACUCUCUUGCGUCACAUGGAAUCAUGCUCAAAGACUCCAGGAAGCACUCCUUCAUGUGGAAACAGAAAGUUAGAUAUGAUGGUGUUUAGGGAGAUGAUAGGAUUGGCAAUCAUAGAACAUGAUUUGCCUUACUCUUUCGUUGAGUACAAAAGAAUUAGAGAGGCUUUUCAGUAUGCAAAUUCCAACAUCGAGUUUUGGUCAAGAAAUACUGCGGCUGCUGAUUGCUUAAAGAUCUACGAGAAAGAGAAACUGAAGCUUAGAAAGAUGUUGGAUGAAGUUCCGGGUAGGUUUUGUUUAACAACAGAUUUGUGGAGGGCAAUCACAAUAGAGGGGUACAUGUGUUUGACUGCACACUAUAUCGAUAGUGGAUAGAAUUUGAAGACAAAAAUUUUGUCAUUUUGUGCAUUUCCUCCUCCACAUACGGGUGCUGGAAUAGCUACAAAGGUGUUGGCAUUGCUAAAAGAUUGGGGAAUAGAAAAGAGAGUGUUCACAAUUACAGUUGAUAAUGCUUCCUCAUUGAUCUUUAAAAAAAAGUGUCGGCUAGUAGAUAUAUUAGAAGCAUAAAAGAUAUAUUAGUUUGUUGUAAAAUAAUUGAUCUCAAAUAGUUAGAGUGAAAUAAAAAUAUUUUAAAAGCUCAAUGUCCAAUAACAAAAUUACAUU